CUGAGCAUUACUGUGCUUUGAAAAGGGAGUGUGGUGUUGAAAGAUGUGUUUUAUUUACAGUCUAAAUCAUGGAGUCAAGAACACUCCCUGCCAAGAAGACGACACUCCACUGUUAUCUGCUUAAACCUGUUUUUAAAACACACAUGUGCUUAUAUUUAAGAGGAACAGUUUGGGGGAAGAGCAUUUCAACUUGACCUCCAGAAUGUCUCUACAUACACAUUAAACUAACAGCUGGAACGGGCUGGAAAGAACUGGAAUGAGCUGGAGAAGAGAAACACAUCCUGUUAUACACACAGGGAUUAGGCAAGGCUCUCAGAUAUUACUGUAUCUCGCAAGAAUGCCUAUGCUUUAACAUUUUUUCCUACACUACUGUAUACUCUUAACUAGUAGGGCGAAGCAAGGCACAUAAUAGCAUUACAAAAAACUGGACUUAGAUACAGUAGCAUCUUUCAUGUCUAGGCAUUUUGCUUUAAAUCAAGGAUUAAACUGCAAUAAUCUGUAGUUUUUUUCUCUAAUUGUGAUUAACAGCCUGCAAAUCGCCUGUUAUUUUAUUUUUUUUAGAUUAACCACAUUUUACUUUUUUUAAUAUUGCACAGUACUGUUUAUCUAAUUCCAUUCUCGCAUCAUUUUUUUUCCUUUAUCAACAGUAAAUCAGUGUUAGUUGAAUUGCAUUAGGGCUGGUAUUUUCCACCAUUAUUCAGUGUAAUGAUACCCAUUACAGGAGCUCUGAAAGCACUCAGUUAUAUGAUCUAGCAGUUCGUGCAGCUCCACUGGCUGAAUCAAUUAUUAAAAAAAAAAAAAGCCUUCCGGAUAUGACAGCACACUUAUUUUUAAACUCUGCAUCAGUAAAAGAAUGAAGACAUCUUGCUUUAUUUAUUUUGAGCACGAUGAAACAUCUCUGGGCUAAUCAUUGGACUGACCUCAGCACCAUAGGUAUUUCCAUUCUAAGUGCUCCCUUAAUUGUUAGCAUUGUCUGGCUACUCAGAGUUAGAGGCUGCCGUUUAUAGAAGAACAAAGUUUUCCUGCAGGUUGAACUAUUACCUUGGAUAUUGGGCGUGGCUUUACUAAAGCUGAAACCAGAAACAGUAACCUUUAUACACUGUUCCAACAUAGCCACGGGCAGAAUAGGGCUGAGGUACACCUGCAGUGCUGCCUUUCCUUUCAAACAAGAAGACUGAAGACAGGAUUUAACCAUUUCAACUUGUUCCAAAGGGGACAGAUAAUAAGAGAUGCCCAGGCAAUUUCCAAAGGUCUCGCUCAGCGAGGUGGACGAGCAGGUGCGUCUGAUGGCUGAAAGGGUGUACGCCUCAGCCCUGCGAGAGGAGGACACUACGGAUGGCCUGGCCAUAUUCAACGUGGCUGAAGACUGUCCCAUUGGGCAGAUAGAGGCCAAGGAGAGGCAGCUGCAGAAGGAGCUAGCUGAGCAGCACUCAGAGGAGACAGCCAAGAGGAAGAAGAGUUUCAAGAUGAUUCGCUCCCAUUCCAUGUCCCUCCAGAUCCCAGUUAACCAGGACUGGGCUAUGUCAAUCAUCUCCCCCCUCCUGUCUCCCUCUGCUUCCUCCGUGACCUCCAUGACGGACAGCGUUCCCGAGUUUCAGAGGGUCACCAUCAGUGGAGAUUACUGUGCUGGGAUCACAGUGGAGGACUACGAGGUAGCUGCCAAAAAACUUCUGAAAGCUUUAUUCCUUCGGGAGAAGUAUGCAAAACUGGCAUACCAUCGCUUCCCCAGAACUACAGCCCAGUUUCUGCGUGAUGCUGAAAAUGAGAAGUGGAAUGUAGAAGAUGAGGUGCUCCCAGAGUUUCAUCAUUGCCCAAGAGAUGGGGUGGAUCCUUACAACAUGGACGCCCCGGAGAACCUGAAUUACCAGCUGAAGAUGAACGAUGGCAUCAUCUAUGUGUAUGACAAUGAAAAAAUGAUGAAGAGCAAUGAGCCCAGGAGCCUGCCUUACCCAGACCUGGAAACCUUUGCCAUAGACCUCAGUCACAUUCUUGCAUUGCUUGCCGAUGGGCCUACGAAGACAUACUGCCAUCGCCGACUCAACUUCCUGGGAUCAAAGUUCUAUUUGCAUGAAAUGCUGAACGAAAUGGCAGAGCUGAAAGAACUGAAGAGUGUUCCCCAUAGGGACUUCUACAAUGUUCGGAAGGUGGAUACCCACAUCCACGCUGCUGCUUGCAUGAAUCAGAAGCACUUGCUGAAGUUUAUUCAGACCACCUACAAGGAGGAAGCGGACAGGAUUGUCCAAGAGAAGGCAGGAAAGAAGAUGACCUUGAAGCAGGUGUUUGACAGCCUUCACAUGGACCCCUACGAUCUGACAGUGGACUCGUUGGAUGUACAUGCAGGGAGACAAACAUUUCAUCGAUUUGAUAAAUUCAAUUCCAAAUACAACCCAGUGGGUGCUAGUGAACUCAGGGACCUGUACUUGAAAACAGAUAACUACAUGGAUGGGGAAUAUUUUGCACGUCUUGUCAAGGAAGUGUCUCAUGGUUUGGAGGAGAGCAAGUACCAGCAUGCAGAGCCUCGUCUGUCCAUCUAUGGGAGAUCCCCUAGUGAAUGGAAUAAUCUGGCCAAAUGGUUCAUCAAGCACAAAGUAUACUCACCAAACGUGCGCUGGAUCAUCCAAGUCCCCCGGAUCUAUGACAUUUUUAAAUCAAAGAAAAUUGUGCCAAGCUUUGCUAAAAUGCUGGAGAAUAUCUUCCUUCCUCUGUUUGAGGUCACAGUUAAUCCACAGAAAAACAAGGAGCUACAUCUUUUCUUGAAAUACGUGACCGGUUUUGACAGUGUGGAUGAUGAGUCCAAGCACAGUGACCAUAUGUUUUCCUACAAGAGCCCCAAACCAGAGGAGUGGGUCACAGACCAGAACCCACCCUACAGCUACUAUCUGUUUUACAUGUACGCAAACAUCAUGGUGCUCAACAACCUGCGCAAGGAGCGAGGACUGAGCACCUUCUUGUUCCGCCCUCACUGUGGGGAAGCUGGCUCCAUCACUCACCUUGUCUCAGCCUUCCUUACAGCGGACAACAUCUCCCAUGGACUCAACCUCAAGAAGAGUCCAGUCCUCCAGUACCUGUACUAUCUUGCUCAAAUUCCCAUCGCCAUGUCACCACUGAGCAACAACAGCCUCUUUCUGGAGUAUUCCAAGAACCCGCUGCGUGAAUUCCUACACAAAGGACUGUGUGUAUCCCUUUCCACUGAUGACCCCAUGCAGUUCCAUUACACUAAGGAAGCACUGAUGGAAGAAUAUGCUAUCGCAGCUCAGCUGUGGAAGCUCAGUACCUGUGAUGUUUGUGAAAUUGCAAGAAACAGUGUUGUGCAGAGUGGACUGGCUCACCAGGAAAAGCAACAUUUCUUAGGACAUAACUACUUGAAGGACGGCCCUGAAGGGAAUGACAUUCGAAGGACAAAUGUUGCCCAGAUCCGCAUGGCCUACCGAUAUGAAACCCUGUGCAAUGAGCUAAGUUUCUUGGUGGAUGUUACGAAAUCAGAUGUCAUUGCUGAAGAAAUCGAGUAACUGCACAACACAAUUGACAGGAGCUUUGAAGAUAAUACUGUUGACUUAUACACAACUAUAAUUAGCUAAUAAGGUCACGUUAAACUUGAAAACAAAUUUGAUAGAAUAUCAAAAAGGUUUCAAUUAUUAUUCACAUUUGUGAAGGAUUCUAUUUUUUUUUUACUUUAUGGGUCAAUUUACUGCAUGGACUGAAGAGGGAAUAAACUAAUCUGCUUAUUCUAGAAAAUGCCCAAUAUGCAUGUCCUCUAAUGAAACUUAGCAAAAGCUUAAAGAAAAUGCUUGGCUAUGGAGACCUUCUGUUUUACACAAAUCUGAAUGUCACCUUUGAUAGAGAAUAAAUGCAGAGCUUAGCAAGAUGAGGGGACAAAGUGAACCUGCAAAGAGGGGAAACUGCAGACAUCACACAUUCAAAAUUAGCUCUGGAUUAUGAAUGACCAUUCACUAUUAAAUCAUUUACAUUUACAUAAUCAUUUUACAGGCUUGUGUUCACAUGUUCAAUGUUGUUGUUAUACUGCUUAAUAAGUCCUGGUACAAAACACACUAAACGUAAUAUAUUGUGCAGUGUAUGCAGUGCUUCUGUUCAAAUGGGCAUUAUUGCACAAUGUAUUCUUUGGAUAAAACUGUUACAGGUAAAAAGUAUGGUUUAGUUUGAAAUGGUUAAUGCUCACUACUGUUGAAUUCUUUUUCAGAGAUAGAUAUUAUGCACACAGGAAUGACUACAAUAAAUUACUAUAAACAGGAUGUUUACUGAUAACAUUCAUUUCUUAGUGCAACAUGAUACUAGUAACACAAGUCUAAUAACAAAACAUUGCCAUGUUCAUGACUGCCUGUAUUAUUGCUGUAUAGUAUUUUUGUUUACUUAAAUAAACAAUACUUUUCUUAA